GCCUCCUGCGGCCCGCCGUGCAGAUGGCUGUGCGCGGCGCCAGCACCUUGACGCCCUUCUCCAUCCAGGCGAUUCUCAACAAGAAGGAGGAGCGCGGCGGGCUGCCUGCGCCAGAAGGGCGCCCGGCGCCCGGGGGCACUGCCGCGCCAGUGGCUGUGGCGCCCGCUGCCUGCUGCUGGAGGCUCUUUGGGGAGAAGGACGCGGGCGUGUUGGGGGGCGCCGAGGACUCUCUGCUGGAGUCUCCGGCCGGAACCAGAACAGCGGCGGGACGGACCGCUGUGAGCCCCGGAGCCUGGGACUCGGACUCGCUCAGCGAGGAGAACGAGGGCGGGCGCCGCUGCGCCGACGCACCGGGGACCCGCGGGGCCGGCCGCGCCGAGGGAAGCCUGGGCCUCGGCCAGCCAGCCUGCGAGCUUCCCGCCACUAAAGACCUGGAGGAGGAAACCGCGGGCCGGAGCGACAGCGAGAUGUCCGCCAGUGUUGCAGGUGACCGCAGCCCCCGGGCCGAGGACGACGGCAUAGGCCCGGGAAGUGCACGCAUGCCUGCGCUGUGUGGCGGCGGCGGGGGCGGCGGCAGCCAGGCGGGCUGCGCGGAGGAGGAGGAGGAGCCGGCGGCGCCCAAGCCGCGCAAGAAGCGCUCGCGGGCCGCCUUCUCGCACGCCCAGGUCUUCGAGCUGGAACGCCGCUUCAACCACCAGCGCUACCUGUCCGGGCCCGAGCGCGCAGACCUGGCCGCGUCGCUGAAGCUCACCGAGACGCAGGUGAAGAUCUGGUUCCAGAACCGCCGCUACAAGACCAAGCGCCGGCAGAUGGCCGCCGACCUGCUGGCCUCGGCGCCUGCGGCCAAGAAGGUGGCCGUGAAGGUGCUGGUGCGCGACGACCAGAGACAGUACCUGCCGGGGGAGGUGCUCCGGCCCCCCUCGCUGCUGCCGCUGCAGCCCUCCUACUACUACCCCUACUACUGCCUCCCCGGCUGGGCGCUGUCCACCUGCGCGGCCGCGGCGGGCACCCAGUGACCCGGCCUGGCGAGGCGCCGAAGGACCCCC